UAUUAUGAAACUUGAACUCGAAGACGACACCAGUCUCUGACGACCAUUGACUGAGAGGUAGGCUUUCGAUACAACCGAGGUCCCGAAGACAUGGUGGUUAUGCACGGCGGCGAUAUCGGAUCCAGAACUCUUUCACUUGACCGGAAAAGCGGGUUCUGCGAAUCCACAUCGAUUUUCUACAGCAAACGUGAGCCAGUGGCUCUCCCGCCAAACCAAAACCUCGACGUCACGACUUUCAUUUCAUCGCAGCCUCAUGGCGGUAAAACCGUGUUCGUCGACGCCGUCACCGGUCGUCGCCUUACUUUCUCCGAGCUCUGGCUCGGCGUUGAAAGAGUCGCGGCUAGUCUCUACGCAUUAGGUGUACGCAAAGGCAAUGUCGUCAUUGUACUCUCUCCCAACUCAAUCCUCUUCCCAAUCGUCUCACUCUCCGUUAUGACACUCGGCGCAAUCAUCACCACAGCUAAUCCGAUCAACACUUCCGACGAGAUUUCUAAACAGAUAAAUAAUUCGCGACCUGUUCUCGCCUUCACCACAUGUCAGCUCGUCUCCAAACUCGCCGCCGCGUCGGAUUCGAAUCUCCCGGUGGUUCUCAUGGACGAAAACCACGUUCCUUCUCAAAAUCACGACGAGCGCGUUAAAAUAGUCGGGAGGCUAGAGACGAUGAUUGAAACGGAACCGAUUGAGUCACGAGUGAAGCAACGAGUCAACCAGGACGAUACAGCGGCUCUGUUAUACUCAUCAGGUACGACGGGGACGAGUAAAGGAGUAAUGCUGACUCACCGUAACCUAAUCGCAUCGGUACAAGCAUGCCGGGCCCGGUUCGGUUUGGAGCAGCGAACCGUCUGCACAAUCCCGAUGUGCCACGUGUACGGUUUCGGGAGUUUCGCGACGGGGCUAAUCGCUUUAGGAUGGACGAUCGUGGUUCUUCCCAAAUUCGAGAUGGCUCAGCUUCUCUCGGCCGUGGAGAUUCACCGAUCUUCGUAUCUUUCCCUUGUGCCGCCUAUUGUGGUAGCUAUGGUAAAUAGAGCAAAUGAGAUCAAUUCCAAGUAUGAUCUGAGCUCGUUGCACACCAUUGUGGUUGGAGGAGCCCCAUUGAGUAGAGAGGUGAUUGAGAAGUUCGUUGAGAAUUAUCCGACGGUUAAGAUUUUACAAGGGUAUGGUUUGACUGAGUCAACGGCUAUAGCUGCUUCUAUGUUCACUAAAGGGGAGGCUAAGAGGUAUGGAGCUUCUGGUUUGCUGGCCCCAAAUGUGGAAGCUAAGAUUGUGGAUCCGGAUACGGGUCGGAUCUUGGGUGUGAAUCAAACUGGUGAGCUGUGGAUUCGAAGUCCCACUGUCAUGAAAGGUUAUUUCAAGAACGAAGAAGCUACUGCUUCUACUAUUGACUCUGAAGGAUGGUUGAAAACAGGAGAUUUGUGCUACAUUGAUAGUGAAGGGUUUGUCUUUGUUGUUGAUAGAUUAAAGGAGCUCAUCAAAUGCAAUGGUUAUCAGGUUGCUCCAGCUGAACUAGAGGCACUGUUGCUUGCUCAUCCAGAGAUUGCUGAUGCAGCAGUAGUACCCAUCCCUGACAUGGAAGCUGGACAAUAUCCAAUGGCGUAUAUAGUAAGAAAAGCUGGAAGUAACUUACUGGAAAGCGAAAUCAUGGGAUUCAUCGAAAAACAGGUAUCACCAUACAAGAGGAUUCGCAAAGUCGCAUUUUUGGCUUCAAUCCCCAAAAAUCCCUCUGGCAAGAUUUUAAGAAGAGAACUCAUAAAGCUCAGAACAUCAAAACUCUAGCAGGAAGCGCUGCAACAGCCUUAGCUCGCACUUCGCG